GGUUGCCUAGGUGAAUUUUUGUUUACCGCAGAGAACGCAACCGCUGUGGUCUCUGAUUAGGCGCCUUAAGUGAGCGAACGAAUUUUUGCAAAACAGCUCGUGGAAAAUAAUUCAGUUUUCUUCAUUCCGCCGCCGACGACGCAAGCGCUCGGUUGUGUGCUCGCUCGAGAGGUCUUCACCCGCCCACUCAUCGCUCCUCGAUUCGCGUUCGUGCGCCGGAUUCCUGGAGUCUUCAAGUGAAUCAGACGCCUUCGACUGGAGUUCCGGCUCAAAAGCAGCACUCGCAGCCAAUCCUCCUAGCCAGUAGCCAUGGCCGAGACUGAGCCCCUGAACGACCUGCAAGGCCAGGUGAAUGGUCGCAUCCUGCCCGCCAAUGGACACACCGCACCGGUCUCCAACGGCCAGGUGCAUGCCAAUGGAAAGGAUCUGGUGAAGCUCCCUGUUCCAGUGCAGAACGGGAACGGCACACACAUCGAAGCGCCCUGCUGUCGGGACAUUCACGGCAAGGAGCCUCCCGACGGAGGAGCCCGGGCCUGGCUGGUCAUGGUGAGCGCCUUCCUCUGCAACGGCAUCAUCUUCGGAUUCAUCAACACGUACGGCGUCAUCCACUCGCUGCUAAGCGACCGGCUCACAAAACUUGGGGAUCCGGAGGCCUCCAGCAAGGCGGCUCUGAUCGGAUCCCUGGCCAUCGGCACCACAUUCCUCUUCUCCACUGUGGCCGGCUGCUUGACCGACAAGAUUGGACUGCGGCUGACCACGUUCGCCGGAGGAGUCCUCUCUGCAGGAGGACUGCUGCUGUCCUCGUUCUGCACCGAGAACAUCAGCGCCCUGUACUUCACCUACGGGAUUAUGUUUGGCCUGGGCGCGGCCCUCGCCUACACACCCACACUGGCCAUCCUGGGCCAUUACUUCAAGCGCUAUCUGGGCAAGGUGAGCGGCUUCGUGACCGCCGGCUCCAGCGUUUUCACUGUGAUAUUGCCACCCUGUCUGGACAAGCUCCUGGCCAGCAAUGGCCUGGAGGGAACCCUAAGGAUAAUGAGCCUCGUAUCUGCCUUUAUCAUCCUCUGCUCCUUCGUCUACAAGCCGUUGCACCCGCCACCAGAGCCGCCUAAGAAAAAGCCAGGAAGGUCGCGCAUCAAUCUCUUCCUGCGCUCCAUUAUAAACGUGGAGAUCUGGAAGCGCAAGCGCUUUGUCAUCUGGGCCCUGUGCGUGCCCCUCGCAUUGUUCGGCUACUUUGUGCCGUACGUCCACAUGAUGCAGUUCGUGAAGACCACUUUUCCGGGCGAGGAUGUGAACCUGCCGGUCAUGUGUAUCGGCAUCACCUCCGGCAUCGGACGCCUAAUCUUCGGCGUUAUUGCCGAUAUGCCGGGAGUGAACCGUAUGUACCUGCAGCAGCUGUCCCUGGUUUCCAUUGGCCUGGUGACCUUGCUGCUUCCCCUCACCAACUCGUAUGUGGUUCUCGUCUCGUUUACCCUGGUCAUGGGUCUCUUCGAUGGAUGCUUUAUCUCGCUGCUGGGCCCGAUUGCCUAUGAGAUCUGUGGUCCAUCGGGUGCCACGCAGGCCAUCGGCUUUCUGCUGGGACUCAGCUCCAUUCCGCUGACGGUGGGACCCCCAGUGGCGGGCAUGAUCUUCGACAGCACGAACUCCUAUAAUUUGCCCCUGAUUCUCGCUGGACUGCCCCCACUGCUCGGCUCCUCGCUACUAUUCCUGAUCAAGUGCGUCAAGGAGGAGGAGAAGGGGGUCAGUGCGCCGCGAGCUGUGGUUAUGGCCAACGGAGACAUCGAGAUUGCCGGCAACGGCCAUUAUCGGCCGGGUGGCACCAAGUCGAGCGCACCGUUGAUGGGUGCCAGUAAUGGUGUUAAUGGAACCGGCGAUGCGGCCCCAACGACCCAUAGCAACGGACACGUGGACAGCGGAACUGGUGCGUACCCCGACUCACCUUGGCCUAGCCCCAAUCGCAUCUCAGACUCCGCCGCCUGCGACCAUCCCAGUAGCUCGCUUCACACUAACCCGGGCAUACAUGUGCUGCCCAGCUGCUCACACACCGCACUGCUGGGCCGGGGCUCCAGUCCCCGCAUGUCCCUGCCCCUGACUGACGACCCCAAGAGGCGUCGCUAUAACUAUUCCAUCUACUAACCCACCGCCUAACUGCUAGCUGCUAGAAUCUCUCUGCUUCGCCUGCUGUAAGCCCUUCCUUGGGCUCUUUGCCAUCUUGGUGUAAAUAGAGUUUGUAAUCGAAUAGCAUGACUAAGACGCACUUCUGACCACCCCACAUUCCACAUCCCACGUCUCUAACCUCGCACCUGCAUCCCUGCACCAGCACUCCCAUUCCCAUUGCCUCCAAUUGCUUUGUAGAUCGUAAGCCUUGUAGACCGGGACCUGCUGUAAAUAAAUGCCAGCUUAGUUCUCAUA